AGCGGAGACGGUCGCGUGCGAGCCGCCCGGUGGAUGUCUCGUAUCAAACUUUUCACGGGAUUUCGGGAAAAUAUUACGCACUCUCUAAGUUGACCGCCACCUUAAUCACUUUUUUGCGUGUGUUCUAUGCAAUCUAAAAGAAAAUUUAACGCAUGUUUAUGGUUCAGUUUGUUUUAUUACAAGUUUUGUCAUUUUCGAAAAUAGCCCGCCUGUAAUAUGUCAAAACUAGUUUAUAUCCAAUUAUGGUGACAUGUUGUCGAAUAAUUUGAUCAUGAUUGUAAUUUACACUAAAAUUGAUUUGGCGCCCACCAUGGGACCGAAACUAGAUUUAUUAUAAUAAUUUCUAAACAAUCUAUAUUAUAGUUUGGCUUUUAAAUAUUACAGUAACUAUGAUAUUAUUGUAUAGACUGUGUUUAUGGAAAAGUGGGAGAAUGUUACUGGCGCUGUUCCUUUUGGAUUGGCUGUUUGCUGCCUCUACGGUAGCUACUACUCAUGAGCCAGGGUUCAGCGCGCCGAUAGCGAAUGUGACGGCCCCACUAGGUCGGGAGGCGAUACUCGCGUGCACCGUACACAACCUCUCCACGUACAAGGUGGCGUGGUUGAGGGUAGACACGCAGACCAUUCUCACAAUCCACACGCACGUGAUAUCAAGGAGUCGAAGAGUGGGGGUGACGCACAGCGACCACCGGACCUGGUUCCUGCACAUUCGGGAGCUGCGGGAGACGGACAGAGGAUGGUACAUGUGUCAGAUAAACACCGACCCCAUGAAGUCACAACUUGGAUACCUAGACAUCGUCGUACCGCCAGACAUUCUCGAUCGAGGCACGAGCACAGACCAGACGGUACGGGAAGGCGCCUCGAUAAAUUUAACAUGUGCUGCCACGGGAUCACCGCAUCCACAAAUUACUUGGCGAAGAGAACAUUCCAAACCUAUUACCAUCUCAGACGGAAUGCAAGUAACGUCAUUUGAGGGCCCGGAGCUGAAUAUAACAAGAGUGACCAGACAACACGCGGGUGCUUACUUAUGCAUCGCUUCGAACGGAGUACCACCCACUGUUAGCAAAAGGAUAAUGCUUACAGUGCAAUUCCCCCCAGUAAUAACAAUAAGGAACCAGUUGGUUGGGGCAGCCCUAGGCACCGAGCUAGUCCUGGAAUGCGAGACCGAAGCGUAUCCCAAACCCGUCAGCUAUUGGAGCAGAGAUAACGGCGAGAUCGUCCCAGUUGGGGGAGGUCUGGAGCCCCACAAGAUAGAUGGAUCAUAUCGAUCAGUGCUGAAGCUCGCGAUACGAAGAGUCACUAGUUCCGAUUAUGGGACCUACAAAUGUGUCUCGAAAAAUUCCCUCGGAGACACCGAGGGCACUAUUAAAUUGUAUCCUAUGCCUCUUCCACCGAUGGAAAACAAAAAUGUUGUCCAAAGGUUAAACAUCGUAGCUGAUAAAUCAUCAGAAAGCACGCCCUUCGGCACUCAAGAUUUCAGGUUACAAGAUUACAACAGAGCCUCAAAGUAUCAGUGUUGCCAUUUUCUGUUUUUAUUAUUAUUUUUUAUUCUGAUAACAUUGUCUCGGGGUUGAUGUUCCUUAAGUUUAGCUAAUAAGUAAAUAAAUGAAUUAUGUAAUA